AUUUUGACAGUUCACUAGUUCGCUGUCUCCCAUCUCCAGAUCAAUUGUUCUUUCGGCAACCGUUUAGCAAAUUACCACGUGAAGCGAAAUACGCGAAUUUCACAACAUAAUUUAAAGUACCUUAUUAGAUUGACUCAAAACCAGACAGUGGAUAGUGUGGACUAUUAGAAAUCACACAGAGCUCGAAUCGAAUAUAGUUUCAUUGUACUGUAUAGAAAAACAAAACUAAAUUACACAGAAAAUGGCGCUGCGCGUGCAAUUCGAGAAUAAUGACGAUAUUGGCGUCUUUAGCAAAUUAACAAACACAUAUUGCCUGGUAGCAAUUGGUGGCUCCGAGACCUUCUACAGCGUCUUCGAGGCAGAAUUGGCCGAAACUAUACCAGUCGUUCAUGCCAACAUUGGCGGCUGCCGCAUCAUUGGCCGGCUCACUGUUGGUAAUCGCAACGGGCUGCUAGUGCCACAUUCCACCACAGACGAGGAGUUACAGCAUUUGCGCAAUAGUCUGCCGGAUGCCGUUAAGAUACAACGUGUCGAGGAGCGUUUGUCUGCAUUAGGCAAUGUGAUUGCGUGCAAUGAUUAUGUUGCACUGGUGCAUCCUGAUUUGGAUAAGGAGACAGAAGAGAUCAUAGCAGAUGUGCUCAAUGUAGAAGUCUUUCGUCAGACCAUCGCCGACAACACACUGGUCGGCUCCUACACAGUGCUGAGCAAUCAAGGUGGCAUGGUGCAUCCCAAGACAAGCAUACAGGAUCAGGAUGAGCUGUCGUCUCUGCUGCAAGUGCCUUUAGUUGCGGGCACUGUGAAUCGUGGCAGUGAAGUCUUGGCUGCCGGCAUGGUCGUCAAUGAUUGGAUCUCGUUCGUGGGCAUGAAUACAACAGCCACGGAGAUUUCCGUUAUAGAGAGCGUAUUCAAAUUGAAUCAAGCACAGCCGGCCACGGUGACAACAAAGCUUCGUGCCGCACUUAUCGAGGAGAUGUCCUAAGCGACCAGAACAGCGUUCUAUUAUAUUUAAGUACACACAGAGACACACACACACACACAUUGAUUUUGUUAUCUUUUGUAAACAGUCUGCAAAAAUACAAGACAACCACAAAUAAGUUGGGUUCAUAA